AUGUCACAUUUUUAUAAUAAAAAUAAAAUUACCAGCUCUAGCACCAAGAGUGAAGACGAACUAAUCUAUAAAGACCAAUUAGGUAGUCUAAUAAUAAAACAACAGGAUACGCUAUCAGCGGGCACUAACAAUAAUAUCGAACGUAUGAUUUUAAAACAAUGCAAUGCGGCAAUCAAUCUAUAUACCAUUUUAAUUAAGUUGAAAAUCCAACUAAACAAAUCAUGGGAUAUUCAAACUUUUACUAAAUCUAUUUUAGUAAGGUUUGAUCCCAAUAGUACUAGUUACAGUAACGAAUUUUAUAAGGAUAUCAGUUUGAAAAUUAUUGAUAAAGUAGAAAAACUCUCCAAAAAUCUAAACUCUUACUCUCUAACUAAUUCCAAUAUAUCUGACUUUAUAAAUAAUACUAUCAGCCAGCAAGGCAUUUCAAUAAUGUACAUGAAUGAUGGAAUGGUUUUAUUAUGGGAAUGCUGGUCAUUGUGUAAUAUAAAUGUUAAGCAUGUAAAAAACAAACUAACUUCAUUGUACAUGAAAGCAAAAUUAUUAUUGAUCGAAUACGAGUUGACUUUAAUCAAUGAUAAAAUUAAGUCGCUGCAGGAUAUUGAAAGUAAAGAUAACACUACAACUUUGGUGCUAAAGAGGUACGCUCAAUUAGACCAAACUGUCAAGGCAUAUAAGGGUUUUAUUAAUGUUUUAUUGGAAAAUCUAGAGCAAGCGGAAGUGGAUCAAGACGAUGUAACUUUUAACGAUUGUAUGAAGCUAUUUAAUGAUAUUGAGGCAAUGUAUGCUGCUUCCAAUAUAGAUUGGUUGCUAGAGGAGUAUUAUUAUUACGAUGAGGAUGGUGAUUGUUUCUAUGAUGCAGAUGAAACAAGCUUGGAAAAUAGCAAUUCUACCACCGCUGCUACGAUUAGUAAAAGCGCUGAGCUUAAUAUGCAUAGCAGAACAAGUAGUGUAAGUUCUACUGGUACUGACGUUUCGCUAAUGAUGGAACGAACUACAUUAACACAUGAAUUGCCAUUUUUAUUGCAAGCAUUUGAUGAGGCAAAAAAUCUAGAAAAGGAGAUUAAAAAUGUAAAAUCCAACACUGGCUCUAACACAACUGAAAAUACUAAUAAAAGAAAGUCGGUUAUCUCACAGCCUUCUUCUUAUAUUGCUUCUUCGAACAGUACUAUGGGUUCCGCAAAUAAAUUGAGUAAUCUUAAUACAAAUCCUGCAUGUAGCCCUUUACCAAGUCCUAUGUCUAUGUUUAAACCUUUUUUUUCUGGUUCUCCACUAUUAAACACCAUUAAUGAUAAUAAGCAUGGUGGAAUAAAUAACGUUGGUGACAGCAAUACUACCGGUAGUCCUGGAAUUUUCACACCCAUGACAUCACCUUUACUUCACAAGAAUCAACCCAUUUUUAAAAGUGGCGUGCUGAAUAAUUUAUAUGGUCUACAACAACAAAAACAGCAUCCACUACAUUAA